GCAAUGGAGGUAUAGAUAUAAUAUAAUUUCAUCCCGACGGAGACGCCAACCCCACUUUGAUUCGCCGCCGUCCAAAUUCACCAUAUUCUCCACCACUGUCCCAGCAGCCCUCCAGCGUAAAGAAAAAAUGCCGUCUCUGCAAACAGCAUUACCUCCUGAGCUUGCCAACAAUGCCAUCAGGCUUUAUCGCGAAUGCCUAAGGCGAGCUAAGUAUAUUGGGCAAAAGAAAUUCAACACUGAACUGCUAAUUACUAUGGUGAGAGAGCAGUUCAAGAAGAACAUGCAUGAGACGGAUCCAGAUAAAAUUCAAAAGAUGAAGGAUGAUGCAGCAAGAGGACUGAUCAACCAUAUGUUAUACGAGUCUGAAAACUUGUCCGGGCGAAAAUUCAGCAAAAGCACUGACGGGAGCUGAAUCUCAAGUGUGCUAUGCUCUUAAGUUCAUGGCGGCUUGCCUUUGGGAUCUGCUUUUAUGUUUGAUUUGAUUUCUUUAGUGAGAAAAAAAAUUACAUCUUGAGAUGUGGAAAAGGUUUUCUUUGACUUGUUAUGGCUUACUAUAUGAGAUAAAUUCGAUGAUACAUUUUUCAUA